AUGUGGUUCAGCGUGGGACUCGCUCUACUCGUCGGCCAAGCCUUGGCCACGCCUCACUCUCUGCAGAAAAGACAGGGCAACGACUGCCCGCCCAUUCACAUCUUUGGAGCGCGGGAGACGACUGCACCCCCGGGGUUCGGGGCGGCAGCCAAGAUUGUCGACGACCUCACAAAGGCCAACCAGGGAGCCACGAACGAGGCCAUCAACUACCCUGCUUGCGGCGGUGGUACGGACUGCUUGGGUGUGAGCUACGCCGACUCGGUCAAGAACGGCACAGACUCUGUAGCCACGGCUAUCAAUGAUUUCAACAAGCGGUGUCCCCAGACGAAGAUUGUCAUGUUGGGGUUCUCGCAGGGUGCCCAAAUCAUGGACAACGCAUACUGCGGCGGCGGUGAUAGCAUUGAAGGAGUCAAGAACACCAACGUGCUCAUCUCGCAGCAAGCGUUGGGGGCAGUCAAGGUUGCUAUCUUUAUGGGAGACCCGCGAUACGUUGCCGGGCUGCCCUAUGAAGUGGGCACCUGCCAAACGAAAGGAUUUGCUCCCCGACCCCAAGGCUUCCAAUGCCCGUUUGGGAAUAACAUCAAGUCCUUCUGCGACUCGGCCGACCCCUUUUGCUGCAACGGCAACGACCCAGUAGCGCACCUCCAGUAUCCAAACAUCUACGGCGACCAAAUCAAGCAGUUUGUCAACGAUAAACUAAAGUAG